AUGUUCUACAAAACUGACGACAUUAUCGAGCAUUUUGACCACUAUGGGCACUGGAUAAUAUGUGAAACCUGUGGUAAUAAAUCCUACAACAGCGACCAACUAAUCAGGCAUCUAAACGACUAUGGGCACUGGAUAAAAUGUGAAACCUGUGGUGAUGAGUUCUACAACAGUGACCACCUGGUCGAGCAUCUGCACCACUACAAGCAUUGGAUAAAAUGUGAGACUUGCAAACAGGAUUUUCGUACUCAACGUGCUUGCAACCGGCACAUGAAUGACCAGGGCCACUGGGUACCUAAAAUUCCAUGCGAAACAUGUGGCUUAAAGUUCCAUACCCAGAGUGCAGUCCAACAGCAUAUGACAGAAAAUAUUCACUACGAAAGCUACUGUCCAACUUGUGAUAGACACUUCCAGAACGAGAAUAAUCUGCGUAUGCAUCUCAAUUCCAAGGCCCAUCUUGGUAUCAGCGUAACCUGUCCUUUCUGUCGAUCAAGAUAUACAACGGCAGGUGGAGUCGUCCACCACCUCGAGAGAGGAUGCUGCCAAUAUGCUCCCCAACUGAACCGCGAGACGAUCCACCGAUUGAUUAGAGAGCGAGACAGAGACAGUCUAAUAGCCACCAAACAAUCUGCGUGGAGCGACGAAGAUAAUGGGACUUACUCUGCUACCGGGAAAGCCUGGGAUGAUGUUUACUGGGAAUGCCAUAUAUGCCACAAAAAGUUCAACAGCAAUGCCUUUCUCAACACACAUCUAAAUUCCCCAGUGCACAAGCAAAAGAUAUAUCACUGUCCGAACAAAGAAGGCGGUUGUCACAAACAUUUCAAUAUUCUAGCUGGGCUCCUCAAUCAUUUGGAAAACGGGUCUUGUGGCUACCCACGAUUCGAAAGUUUCCAGAAGCAGCUGCGGAAUGUGCUUACAGGCCAGGGUGCAAUAUAUAUCAGAUAG